AUGGCCGAAGAUGGCUGUAAUCCCACACAUACAAACGGACAUACCACUUCCAAGCGCAUUGUUGAUUUUAUCGCGAGAGCCCCUAUGGCUCAAACGCCGCUGGGAUACCUCCAAACGCCAAACGAAAUGCGUUUGGUCGUUGUUUACUGGGUUCAAACGUCUUGGAAGUCACUGCCAUGGUCUACCGAGGAACAACAGCAACACCUCCUUUCUACAAGAUACGCGACAUACAAUUCUACCCAAGUUUUAGUUACAUCUUGUUACAGAUCAACAACCCUACCAGCACCGACCCAUACCCCCCGACAGACCCAUUCGAUCCGUAUCAGCCUGCCAUUCAGAAUGCCCAACAAGACCACCAAACCCUGUGAGGAGCAUGUCCUCUGGACCUGCAGACGCCAGAAAGACCUAGUCUCAAAGAACUACUGCGACAAGAUCAACGGCAUGCUGGACAAAACCUGCACGUGGUGUAAGGCUAAGCGAGAAGUCGGUACACUUGCUGUCGACAGGACCCGCCAGACCAUCGGAAAACUGAUCUACAAGAAUGCAGACGGCGUUGAAGUUUGGGAGUACGACGAUGAGCCGUUGAUCGAGUUGUAA